AUGACGUCACGCGCAGUCAGGUAGCGCGUGUCUCUCUCACGCACACGCGCGCGGGACUUGGCUGCUUAUCGAUCAGCGACGUGCGCGUGGCCGGCACCCUUCAUCAUCAUCAUCUUCCGUGAUGAAGACUCUCAGGCCCCACCCCUUCCUGGAGGGCGGGCCAACCUUCAACCUGGUGGGGGCGUGUCCGCAGCGGAUGGACACACCUGCUGUCGGCGCGUCAGCUGAGCAGACGACAGCUGCUGGCUCCGCCUACUCGCUCUGCGCCGUGUGCAACUUGCAGCUAGCCUCGGCGGCUCAGGCUCAGCUGCACUACAACGCUCGCUCUCACCUGCGCCGCGUACGCCAGAUGAAGGCGGGCGGGAUGUGGGGACAGGUGGCAGCGGGGGGGCCGUCCAAGCUCCUCCCCCUGGCGUCCGGUCUUCGCUGUCUGGCUGGACAAGUGCAAACGUCAGAGCCCAGCGCCCCCCUGUGUUCAACUACAGGUGGCGCUGGAAAUCCGUCCGUCCUGAUGAAACCCUUCUUGCCUUUCCCCAUGGACGCCGUUGCGCCAGUCGCACUGUUUCCGAACUUCAACACGAUGGACCCCGUGCAGAAGGCCGUCAUCAACCACACGUUUGGUGGCGUGGCGGCCAAGAAGAAACAGGUGAUCACGUGCGGCGUCUGCCGGCUGAGGUUCAACUCUGACUUGCAGGCGGCGUCUCACUUCCGAGGCGGGCGUCACGCCAAGAAGGUGAAGUCCCAGGAGAACAAGACCAAUGGCAGUGGCUCCAGGAAGGCAGGCCCCGCCCCUCCGAUGAGCACCAAUCAGCACACAGAGGUCGCCCCCUCCUCACCCUCGUCCAGCAGAGCAGGAAGUGAGACUCCUCCCCCUAGCCCCGCCCCCACUCUCCCCCAGGAAGCCCCGCCCACAACAGAGUGUGAGGAGGAGAGGGCCAAGCAGCUGAUGUAUUGUUCCCUCUGCAAGGUGGCCGUCAACUCUCUGUCUCAGCUGCAGGCUCACAAUGCAGGGUCCAAACAUAAGACCAUGCUGGACGCUCGCAGCGGCGCCGGUCCCAUCAAGUCCUACCCUCGCCCCGGCACCAAGCCCAAGACGUGCGGCGCAGCGACGGUGAAAGGUUCUGGUCUGCAGAACAAAACCUUCCACUGUCAGACGUGUGACGUCCACGUCAACUCUGAGAUACAACUUAAACAGCACAUCACCAGCAGGAGGCACAAGGACCGCGUGGCAGGCAAGCCCAGCAAGUCCAAACACUCUCCUCACAACAACAACAACAACAACAACAACAACAUGAGAACACAACACAGCUCGCUGAUGGAGCUGGCCAAGUCCCCCUUCCUCCCCCCUCUUCCCUUCGCCUCCUCCCUCCCACCUCGGCCCCCCCCCUCCUUGCCCCUCCUCGCCGCCUCCUUCCUGCGUCAGGCGCCAGGACAGAUCCGAACGCGCCACCCCUCCCUCCUCUUCGCGCCCUACUGAUGCUGACCUUUGGCCUCUCUGGACUCAUCUUGGACCAGAACCAAAGAAACUUCCAGAACAAACCUUGGUGUCUCAAGAAGAACCAGAAGAACCUUUGAAAGUAAAAAGUGGACCUGAACCAGAAGCUAGACUUGGAUAAAAGGACAAGUGAAGGAUUCUAUGACAUCAUCAGACUGUUGUCCAAUCACCUGCCAGAACUGCAGCGUCAGGCUACUUCCAGAAAGUUCUUUUCCAGGACCUUUUGGUCGGACCUGCUUUUGACUCCAGGCCACGAGAGGACAUCACGUGACCUCAGAGGAACUUCCUGUCUCAUUCACUUCUCACCAGCAGCAGACAACCAGGCUCCGCCCCCUUUCAUGAGGUCAUGUGACCUGCUGUUUGUCUCAUUUGGUUUGCUUGCUCCUGAACUACUUGAACUGUUGGUAUGCUCCUCCUGUGAUGAGGAUGAUGGUGAUAGUGAUGAAGAAGAUGAUAAUCAUGAUGGUGAUGAUAGUGAUGAGGAUGAGGAUUAGGAUGAUAGUGAUUAGGAUGAUAGUGAUGAGGAAGAUGUGAGGAUGAUUGUGACAUUAAUGAUCAUGAAGAAAUGGAUGAGGAUGACUAUGGUGAGAAUGAUGAUGGUGAUGUGAGGAUGACAAUGAUGAGGAAGAUGAUAAUCAUGAUGGUGAUGUGAUGAUAGUGAGGAUGAUUGUGACAUUAAUUAUCAUUAAGAAAUGGAUGAGGAUGACUAUGGUGAGAAUGAUGGUGAUGUGAGGAUGACAAUGAUGAGGAAGAUGAUAAUCAUGAUGGUGAUGUGAUGAUAGUGAGGAUGAUUGUGACAUUAAUUAUCAUUAAGAAAUGGAUGAGGAUGACUAUGAUGAGAAUGAUGAUGGUGAUGUGAGGAUGACUAUGAUGAGAAUGAUGAGGAAGAUGAUAAUCAUGAUGGUGAUGUUAUGAUAGUGAGGAUAAUUGUGACAUUAAUUAUGAAUACAUGGAUGAUGAUGAGAAUGAUGACAGUAAUGAGGAAGAUGAUAAUGGUGAUGUGAUGAUAGUGAGGAUGAUUGUGACAUUACUUAUGAUGAAGUGGAUGAGGAUAAUGAGGAAGAUGAUGAGCAUUUUGAUAAUCAUCACGGUGAUGUGAUGAUAGUGAGGAUGAUUGUGACGUUAAUUAUGAAGAAAUGGAUGAGGAGGAGGAUCAUAGUAAUGCGAAAGAUGAUAAUGGUGAUGUGAUGAUAGUGAGGGUGAUUGUGACAUUAAUUAUCAUGAAGAAGUGGAUGAGGAUAAUGAGUGUGGUUAUGAUAAGCUUGAUGAUAAAAGUUACAAUGAUGAUGGAAGCGUGAUGAUAAUUGUAAGGAGGAUGGAGAUAAUGAUGACGACAGAGAAAAUGUGAUGAUGAGAAUGAAAAUAAUAAUUGCGACGAUAAAGAUGAUGAUAAUUACAAUGAUGAUAGCAAGGACAAUAAUGAUAAUUGUCAGGAUGAUGGCGAUAACGCUGUGAUGAUGAUAGUGACGAUGAUAAAUAUAAUGGCAAUAAUUAGGAUGAUAAUGAUGGUGAGGAUGAUAAUGAUAAAUAUGGUGUUCAUGAUAUUUAUGAUGGCAAGAAUUAGGAUGAUCAAGAUACAUAUGAUGAUGAUAAUUGUGACGGAGAUAAGGAGGAUGCAUAUGAUGACGAUAGUGACAAUGAUAAUUAUGAUGGCAAGAAUUAGGAUGAUAAUGAUGGUGAUGAUAGUGACGAUAAUAAUUAUAACGGCAAGAAUUAGGAUGGUGAUGACGAUAAUUGUGACAAUGAGUAUGACAGUUAUGAUGAUCAUGGCGAGGAUGAUAAUAUCAUUGUAAGGAUGAUGGAGAUAAUGGUGUGAUGAUGAUGAUGAUGGCAGGAAUUAAGAUGAUAAUGAUGAGGGGCAUGUUGAAAAUGGUGAUGAGGACAAUGGAGAUGAUUAUGACGAUAAAAGAAGAUGACGAUGACUAUAAUAGGGUGAUGAUGAGGAUGAUUGUAAGGAUGACGGCGAUGAUAAUGAGAAGGAUGGAAAAGAUGUGGACUGUGAGGUGAUGAUUGUGAGAAUGAUGAGGAUAUUAAAAAUAAAGGUGAUAAUAUUGCACCAGAACAAAAAGUACUCUGACUGAUGAUGUCAUCAUGAUGCAAUAACAGAGUCUCAUACAACCUUGAAUAAAAAUACAACUUUUAUUGGUGAACUUAUCUGUUAUCCAUUGGACAUGUCUGACGACCUACUAGAACUUAUCUGUUAUCCAUUGGACAUGUCUGACGACCUACUGGAACUUAUCUGUUAUCCAUUGGACAUGUCUGACGACCUACUAGAACUUAUCUGUUAUCCAUUGGACAUGUCUGACGACCUACUGGAACUUAUCUGUUAUCCAUUGGACAUGCCUGACGACCUAUCACAACUUAUCUCAAAGUCAUUUAAUCAAAGUUUACUUAUAUAGCCCUAAAUCACGAGUGUCUCAAAGGGCUGCACAAGCCACAACAUCUGUUAUCUAUUGGACAUGUCUGACGACCUACUAGAACUUAUUUAUUAUCCAUUGGACAUGUCUGACGACCUACUAGAACUUAUCUGUUUUCCAUUGGACAUGUCUGACGACCUACUAUAACUUAUCUGUUAUCCAUUGGACAUGUCUGACCACCUACUACAACUUAUCUGUUAUCCAUUGGACAUGUCUGACCACCUACUAUAACUUAUCUGUUAUCCAUUGGACAUGUCAGACGACUUACUACAGGCUCUCAUUGGUGUGUCAGCUGAUGUUAACAUGUAGCUAAUGUUAGCUUUUCAUUGUACAAACAGACCGAAAACAAACAUGCUUUUGGUGUACGGACGUUUCCUCCACCCGCCGCGUGCCCGGCAGCACAUCCAUUAGCUACCUUGCUAACUGCUACUUCCUGUGCCUCUCUACUUGGGCUCCUGCUCCGAUAAGACCAUGGAUGGAUAAAUCAUAAGUGAUGGAUUAAAAAUGGAAUACACAACGUGUAGAUAUCCUAAAAAAAAAACUAUUAUUACUGAAAUCUACAGCAUUUUUAAAGCACAUUUGAAAAACAACAAAGUUGUUAGGUUGGAGUAUAAACUCGUUUUUCUCUCUGAUCAGGCGAUAACACACACCUAAAACGCAUAACUCCACAACCAGGAAGUGCUGAGAAGGCUAGACCGUCUGAAGGGACUCUUUCCAGGACCCACACACACCAUGGGCUGGAUGCAGUGAGUGUGGGUGUGCGUGUCGGCAGGGCGGUUGCCAAGGAGGACAGUUCAGGUCUUUGUUGUUUUGGCUUUGUUACUAAACAGAACGUGGAACCAUCACCCUUUUGUUGUGUUUGUUUGAUGUGCAGUUCUUCUUUUUGUGUAUCAACUUUUAUUAAAAUGUCAACUUUUG